AUGUCGUCUGAAAACGUAGAUCAUUUGGUAGAGGAAUUCGAAGAUGCCACCGCUGAGAAAGUAGUGAAUAGUUCUUCGACGACCAUGGAAGAGGAGGUCGGUGAUCGCACUGCUGCCUUGAUACAACUUCGUGAUCAGGUUGUAUCAGCGAAAGAUGUAUAUAGCGAUAGUAAUAGCAAUAGUUUUUUAAGCGAUAAAGUUACCAGUAGCAGCAGUAGCAGUAGCGAGGACAGUGAGCAGGAGACAGCCAACAACAACAGCAACAACCACACUAACGAGAGUGGUCAUCAACAAAAGAGUAGUUCACUACCAGCGACACCAAAGCAAAGAGUUAAAAAGCAACCAUCAUCAACAUCAUUAGAGUCGACACCACAGCAUGCAGUACCGAAAAUGGCUAAUCUUGUGUUCUCCUCGGACUCUGAAUCCGAUUCACCUUCCACAAACUCCGAUCCCAAGAAGGAGAAGAAAUUGAUAGGUGUUUGUGAUGAUGGAACCAGAUUCCCAUUGCCAUACACCAAAAAUCCAUUAUCAUUACAUCCAUUGUCGGAAUGGUCAUUUUUCGAUUACGCCAAGAAUGCAUCACUACUCAGUUUAUUAUUGUUAUUAUUCAAUUUGCCAGGAUGGUUCUUUAUUGGGUUCUUCUUGUUCUGGAGAUUCGCCUAUAAUAUCGGACUUGGAUUAUUAUUGUUGUACCAAUCAAAGAAUAAGUCGCUGACUAACCUUUUCAAAACAUUUACACCAUCACAUCCAUUAUAUGAAAAAGUAAAGAAUUUCUGUGAAACCGGAAUGGGAAGUGAUUAUAAUUUUGAUAAAACACCAGCAGCUUAUAAUGCAUGGUUAGCUUUUAGACAUGUUGUCGAUAUUGUAUUGGCUAUGGAUUUGGUUACCUAUGUUGUAUUUGCUCUUCGUUACUUUAGUAUACCAGAGGACGCCAACUGGACAUUGAUUCCAUGUUAUUUGAUUGGUGCAUUCUUGUGUAUCUUUACAUUCUGGGCCAAGACCGAUGCCUACCGUGUAGUCAAGGAUUUCGCUUGGUAUUGGGGUGAUUUCUUCUUUUUGGUCGAACAGAAAUUGACAUUCGAUCGUGUAUUCUCAAUUUCCCCACAUCCAAUGUAUACCAUUGGUUAUUCAUUCUAUUAUGGUGCCAGUUUAAUUUCACAAUCUUAUACUGUACUCUAUGUUAGUUUGUUUGCACACUUUUGUCAGAUGCUAUUUUUGGUGCUCGUCGAAGAUCCACACAUCCAAAAGACCUAUCCAGAUAUCGUCGAAGAUCCGUUCGUUCGUAAGGACAAGGUCAACUCAUACUUUGGACAUGAUCUCAUUGUUAUGAAGAACUUCUUCUUCUUGCGUAGUGGUGAUUUGUUCACUCUUAUGAUUAUUCUCUACACCGUUGCACUUAAUCUCAUUAAUUUGCCAGUGUCCUUCUAUGUCAUUCAAGCUGUUUUCUGGCGUCUCAUGCUUUCAUUUGGAUUGGGUUUGGUUUUACGUCUUCAAUCACAAUCACAAUGGUGGACAAAUAGAUUUGCAUCACUAAAUCUAGAUAGCCAUCAUGCUUUCGAAAAUUGGAAGAGUAUUUAUAAUCUUUGUGUUAUGAUGGCUCAUAUUUCAUUCACAUGUUGUUUCUUCAAGGUUGCCGAAAUCAAUUUGAACUUCUUUGGAAGUAUGUUCUGGAGACAAAUCAUUGGUAUCCUUUUGAUUUUGUUGAAUGUCUGGUCAUCGGUCUCAACUUUGGAGGUUCUCGGUGAAUUCGGUUGGUUCUACGGUGAUUUCUUUAUUGAUGAAGUCCCAACUAAGCUCUAUUAUACCGGUAUCUACCGUUUCUUGAACAACCCAGACUCUGUGCUUGGUUUCGCUGGAUACUAUGGUCUCUCGUUGAUCGGUGGUAGUCUCCCAUUGUUUGCGAUCGCCAUCUCAUCGCAGGUCGCCAACUUUUUGUUUGUAAAGUACGUCGAACAUCCACACAUGAAGAAGCUCUACGGUACCAAGAUCCGUUCGCAAUCCGGUAUCGCUCGUGGAAUCCAAGAGAUUGUCAACGAGGCCGUCUCCAGCUCGCCACAUAUGCAAAAGUUUAGCCACUAUGUAAAUAAGACAAGACACUACACCGAGAAGGUCGAGAAGAAAGUUACCGAGAAACUAAACACAAUCAUCGAAGAACUCAGAGACAAGGGUAUCCCAUUGUCAUCAGAACAAAGUGCCAUCUUCAAAAAGAACUUUGUACCAGAGCGUGUUAGUAAAAGAGCAUCUACAAAGAAACAAAAUUAA